GCUCCCAGCACCCAGCAGUUCCUGGUCUCGGCAAUUGUGCGUUAUAGGUACAUAUGUACUUCCGUUACGCUAGUCUUCUUUCAGUAUAUACCUAUAUAUACUAGUAUAUAUAAUAUGAAAGUAGUUUGGUCGUUUUGACCGUUUUGACAGAAGUAGUAUAGUACAGAGAGAAAAAGAAAAGAAAAGAAAAAAAAAUAAAGGAUAAAGGCAUCAGUGGUGGUUGUGCUAUUCUCUAUUAUUAUAUAUAUGUAUACAUCAAUAUUUUUGUUUUUGUCCACAUAAAUCAAACCAAUACACACAUUGUUAUACAUAUAUACAUAUGCAUAUUUAACGUACAAUACCGUAUGAUGACGAAAUAAUUGAUGAUGAUAAAUUUUUCACCAAUACUUUCAAAGAGGAUACAUAUGUGUUGAUUAAUUGAUUAAUAAUUAUUGAUUAAUAAAUAAUAUGAAUAAUUAAAUUGUUUAUUUUAAAUCAGUAAUGCACAUGUUUAAUUUAUUUACAAUAUGCUACCGGACUAAAUUUCGAUUAAAAUUUAUGCUACAGUUAUUAAAUUGCUGAAUCUUAUAAUUGUUUGAAAUUAAUUUCUUUCGCGGUUUUUUUUUUCUUUCUUAAAUCUAUAUCAAAAUAUAUUAAAGUGUAAUCUUUAUUAGACAUAUAAAUUAUUAAUUCAAUAUGUCAGCUAAUUUAGCUUCACCUUCGAGAAUGGAAAUUGUUGAAAAUAAACAUGAUCCCAGUGUUACUUCUGAUUAUUCAAGUAUCAGAGGAAAGGAUGUACUUGUUAGUCCAUCGGAACAUCAAUAUGAAUUACUUUUAAAACGAUUAAAAGAACGUGUUGAUGAUGGUGGAAGUGAAACGAUAUUUAAUAUUGGUAUUGGUGAAGAUGGAUCGGAAGAUGGAUUGAAACCUGAUGAGUAUGAAGCUUCAAUUGCUACACUACAGUCACUGGCAGCGACAAUAGAAGCUGAUUGUGUACUUUUACGUCAAAGUAAAGUUGAUCAAGGGCUAACGGGACAAUAUCUCGUGCGAAAACGUUUAAAUAUACAAGAUUUUUUGGAAAUAAGAGUUGCCGUUGUAGGUAAUGUUGAUGCCGGUAAAUCGACAUUGUUGGGAGUUCUGACACACGGUGAACUUGACAAUGGACGAGGUCUUGCAAGACAAAAAUUGUUUCGUCACAAGCACGAGGCUGAAUCUGGUCGAACAAGUUCAGUUGGCAAUGAUAUUCUUGGAUUCGACAGUGUCGGAAAUGUUGUGAAUAAACCUGAACAUGGAUCUCUGGAUUGGGUUAAAAUUUGUGAGAAAUCAUCAAAAGUAAUAACAUUUAUAGAUCUUGCUGGUCAUGAACGUUAUUUAAAAACUACUGUUUUUGGAAUGACUGGGCAUGCUCCUGAUUUUGGUAUGCUUAUGGUCGGAGCCAAUGCAGGUAUCGUUGGAAUGACUAAGGAACAUUUGGGUUUAGCUCUUGCAUUAUCAGUACCUGUAUUUGUAGUUGUCACUAAAAUUGAUAUGUGUCCUCAAAAUAUUUUACAAGAAAAUUUAAGGCUACUUAUUCGUAUAUUAAAAUCACCAGGUUGUAGAAAAGUACCCGUUACUGUUAAAACUCCAGAUGAUGUAGUAGUUAGUGCUACUAAUUUUGUCUCUGAAAGACUGUGUCCGAUAUUUCAAGUAUCAAAUGUAAAUGGUGAAAAUUUACAUCUUCUUAAGAUGUUUUUAAAUUUAUUGACUGCUAGAAUUACUAGCCACGACAAUGAACCAGCUGAAUAUCAAAUUGAUGAUACCUAUUCAGUACCUGGUGUUGGAACAGUUGUAUCAGGUACAACUUUAAAAGGUGUUAUUAAAUUAAAUGAUGUAUUAUUAUUAGGACCAGAUCCUUUAGGUCAUUUUACUCAAAUUACAAUAAAGAGUAUUCACCGUAAACGUAUGCCUGUAAGUGAAGUACGAGGUGGUCAAACAGCAAGUUUUGCAUUGAAAAAAAUAAAACGAUCACAAAUACGAAAAGGAAUGGUUAUGGUAUCACCAGCAUUAAAUCCUCAAGCUUGUUGGGAAUUUGAAGGGGAAAUAUUGGUGUUACAUCAUCCAACAACAAUAAGUUCACGUUAUCAAGCUAUGGUUCAUUGUGGAAGUAUAAGACAAACUGCCUCAAUACUUUCAAUGUCACAAGAUUGUUUAAGAACAGGCGAUAAAGCUUUGGUACACUUUAGAUUUAUUAAACAUCCCGAGUAUAUUAAACCAGGACAACGAAUGGUUUUUAGAGAAGGACGUACUAAAGCUGUUGGUAAUGUUUUAAGAUUAAUUCCACACUCUAGUAUUUCUCAUUCAAAUAAUUCAAGAACUGGAAAACAACAAAAUAAAAAUAAUCAACAGUCACGUUCUACAUCAACAUCAACAGCAUAUGCAUCAGGAGACAAUAAUGACAAUAAUAGUGAGUCAAUAGCUGCUUCAAAACGUGAAAAUUUACCACAAAAAAUGAUCUCUGGGCCGAUAAAUAAAAGAGGAAAGGGUCGAAUGGGUAACCGUACUCAUAACGUUAAUUCAACAACUAUUCAACCUCUUUCUGAGCAAAAUCCACCUGCUUCAAACAUCAAAAACUAGUGUACAAAAUAUACAUGUAUAUUAUAAUAUAAUAAUUAUAUCACCUUGCAAUUAUUUCUUAAUAAAAAUUAUUAUUACUCUUAUAUAAUUUUCUAAAUCGUACUUAAAAAAAAAUAUUAUGUAUAUUAUAAA